AUGUCGGCCGCAAAGAAGACUGCUGCGUCCAAAUCCAAGAAGGCGGCCUCCCGCCCUGCGCCCACUCACCCUAGUUGGAUCGAUAUGAUCAAGGAGUGUAUCACCGCUCACCCCGAAGAUGCCCGCGCUGGCGUGUCUCGUCCUCAAAUCAAGAAGUUCGUUGAGGAAACAUACAGCAUCGAAUUUGGUAAUGCGCAGACCACUCAGCUCAGCAGGGCUAUAACCACUGGUGCUGAGAAGAGCCUUUUCGUUCUUCCUAAGGGCCCUUCCGGCCGGGUCAAGCUCCCUCCUAAGACCAGGGUUAUGGAGACUUCCGAUACCAAAGAGAAUAAGCCCGACGCUAAACCUGCCAAGGCUGCCGCAAAGCCUGCAGCUAAACCAGCUUCAAAGUCUGCUGCUAAGCCUGCUUCAAGGCCUGCGGCCAAGUCCGCUGCUGCGAAGCCCAAGGCUGCCGCCGCUAAGCCGACGAAAGCGGCGACUGCAAAGAAACCGGCUGCCACCGCUAAGAAGCCGGCUGCUCCGGCUAAGUCGACCACUACGGCUAGGAAGGCCACCGCGACCAAGGCGAGGGCUGCUCCAGCAGCGAAGAAGGCGGAAAUCAAGAAGGCGCCUGCAAAGAAAGUUGCACCUGCCAAAAAGACUACCACGUCGAGCAGGCGCGAUACUGCUAAGAAGGCGAUAACUGGCAGGACUGCUACCGCUAAGGCGAAGCCCGCCGCAAAGGCUAGGCGGGCGUCGACCACCGCUGCCAAGCCGGCUCAGUCCUCCCGAAGCGCGAGGGCGGCGAAGAGGGCGUAA